UCCUCACAUUUUUCAGGGCUUAGUCGAGGCUCUUGAGCUAUGGCGACGACGAUGAUGCAGCCGAUCACCUCUCCCGCCGCGGCGACCAUGUCUCCCGGAUGCAGCCCCUUCCAGUCCUCGAUCGGUGAAAUUCGAUUUGGAUCGUUGAGAAUCUCCCCGGCACAGCAAUCGAAGCGUUUGAAGCAAACAAGGCGAACAGUCGUAGCGGCGGAAUACAGACGAAGUGGUGGUGGAUCAGGAGAUUUUGUUGCUGGAUUUCUACUCGGUGGUGUUGUUUUCGGUGCUCUUGGCUACCUUCUAGCACCUCAGUUAAAUCGAUCGCUCGACAAAGUGAGUAGUGAGAACGGAGCGGCGCUGCCAACAAAACCAAACAAGUAUUUGGAAGACGAAGGGAUCGAGUUCCACGAACUCGAGGAAGAGAAUGGAAUCGAGACGACGAGAAAGAGCUUGAGCGCCAAGAUCGAUGAGCUCAACGCCGCGAUCGAGAACGUCUCCGCGCAGCUUAAAGAAGGCGAAUCCAUGAAAGAGAUCGAAGUUUCCGCAUAGAAAAGGGAAGAACAAACGAGAAGAAGAGAAGAGAGCGAGAAAGCGAGAAUUUAGAGCUCGUUGGCUUGUAAGGAAUAAAUUUUUUUUUGUUUAUCAAAUAUAUAAAUUGUAUUUCUUAUCUCC